UAUGGACGUGGCCUCUUCGCACACAGGCGAUGCCUUGAAGGCCCCGCUCGUGUUCCACGUUGCUCUCCCACCGGACACUCCCCCAUCUUGACUCACAUACGCUCCGUCAGAGGACGGGAGGUCUGCUGUCGGAACCCGGGGGACGACUCCACUUUGGUGGAGAGGUUACUUGAUCUGAGGGUUCCCAAUCCUUGGAACAACAUGGGUGCAGUCAUCUCACGGUGGAGGACUAAGCCAUCCACUGUGGAGAUUUUGGAAGGAAUCGAUAAGGAUAUACAGAUCCUUGAAGAAUACAGUGAUAAGUAUCAGAGGCAGUUGAAGAUAUGGGUCGGGCGACUGCUUCUGUACUCGUCUCUUCUCUUCCUGAUCACGUGCAUAGUUGUGUAUUUGUGGUACCUGCCUGAACAGUUGAUGGGACGGCUCAUAUUGUCUCUUCCCUUCGUGGUAUUUCCAUUAUUAGUUUGGUUACUUCGAAAAAUACUUAUUAUUAUUUGUUCCCGAAGAACUGAAAAAAAUAAUGAGAAAUCAGAAGAUCUUAAAGCACACAAAAGGAAAAUACUUGAAGAAGUUAUGGAAACAGAGACAUAUAAAAAUGCUAAAUUGAUUCUGGAGAGAUUUGAUCCUGAUUCCAAGAGAAAAAUUGAGCUUGAAUCUACUCCAGUUGGACCUCAGAUGACUCCAAAACCAGGCCACGAGCUCCGCCAGCGCAAUGUCAACCCAAAGACCCCCUCAGUGGUGGUGAAUCCUGCAAGCGGAGCUGCUGCUCGCCCCCCUCUUACCUCUGGGCUCACCUAUCCUGGACGGUCCUCCCACUCUGCUCCAGGUGGGCCCCCAGAGAGGAGCCUGUCUGCUAUAGCUGCUCAGCAGAGCUUGAUGAGGAGGCCUGUGACCCCUGGAACACCUGUUCCAGGAGUCGGGAUGCAACCCCCAGGCCCGCCCAUGGCCAGACCAGUGGUCCCAAGAGAAAGAGGUGCUAUGGACAGAGUCAUUGAGUAUCUUGUUGGAGAUGGCCCUCAGAACAGAUACGCUCUCAUCUGUCAGCAGUGUCUGUCCCAUAACGGCAUGGCAUUAAAAGAGGAAUUUGAAUAUGUUGCCUUCCGAUGUGCAUAUUGUUAUUUCUUGAAUCCUGCAAGAAAGACCAGGCCUCAGGCCCCCAGACUCCCCGAGGCCACUGGAGAAGUGAAGAUGUCAUCUGAGGCAACCUUACCUUCGUCUGCUGCUGACGUAGACGAUGACCAAUCGGUUUUAGGCCAAACCAAGCUUGCUGAUGUCUCAGCUGAAACGGACACCCUGGAGCCAGGCACACCAACAACCACAGAGCCCAGCUCUGCGUCAGACAGCCAAAGCACCCCAGAGUCACAAGAUCUGCCCUCGGAGAAGUCUGACGGAGAGCUAGAUGUGUCUGCCAUGGAAGUGGAAUAAAACAAUGGAGUAGUUAAGUCGGGCUGGAACAGUUUUUUAUGAAGAAAAAUGUGAUAACCUUUGACUUGCAAGUAAAUGCCUUGAGUUGAAAUAAUCCAGUAACAAGUCAGCAGUUGAUGCGAUUUUCAAUUUACAGUACAGAAUGUCCUUUCUUUUGAGAAUUGCUUUUAUAGUUCUAGCAAUAGUGACAAAUUAAAUAUGAAAUUGCAUCAUGCUAGCAAUUGGUUGGAACCACCAAACAACCCAACUUCCCUGUAUGAUUACAUGUCCUUCCUGUUCUUAUAUCUUAUUCAGAACAGUAAGGAUUAUGCUAUGGUGUGGAUUUUGUAUAGGGAGUCUUAUCCCAUGUUUUCUUGAUUUUCUAUGUUUUAUUUGUUUUUCUAAAAAGUAUUCUAUUUGGGUUAAUUUGAUACUGCGGAAAAAAACAAACAAAUAUUUUGUGGGGGAAAUACAAUUUUAUUUAUCGGAAAUUAUUUAUAAAUAUUUUUCUAUAAUGCUUUGCCUUUCAUGACGCCGUUGACUGUUGUAUUCUGUAGCACGGUGAUGCUGACAACCAUGGUACCAUAAUAGGAAUACACAUGCAGUAUAUAUUUAUUGCUAAAACGUAGGAGAUUUGUCAGUAUGUGCACUUGUCCUAAUUGCCUUUUUUAUAUUUUAAGUUUCUGUUUCAGAGUUGUCGAUACAACCUAUUUACAUAUAGACAAUAAAGUCAUUAAACUGUUUACAGACUGUAUCUGUUUGCUGUAUGUCGGAAUUCUUGUUCUGUAUAAAUAAUACUAAAUAAACUUUUGAGAGCA